AUGCCCGGGCCCCGAGGGGGCGGGGCCUCGGAUGAGCGCCGCUUCCUCCCGCCCUGCCGUUCCCCUACCAGUGCCCCGUCCCCCCCCUCGUCCCCCCUCCCGCCUCGCCACGCGCCCGUCACCCUCCAGUCGGACGCCCGUUGCCCUGGCAACCGUCGCGCCGCGUCUUCCUGGGCAAGCUCCCUUUGGCCCGCAGAUCCUAUCGCCCGCUCCCCGCUGCCCCGCGAUUUUCGGGUGGGCUCAGAGGCGGAGGGACACCAAAAAAUGGCGGAGCGGAGCCAGACGGCGCUUGAGGCAGGCAAUGAUUUGGGAAAGGACGAUGCCAUCGGAGGGAAUGUGAACAAAUAUAUGGUGCUUCCAACUGGAUACUGUGGACAGCCCAAGAAAGGACAUCUUGUCUUUGAUGCUUGCUUUGAGAGUGGUAACCUUGGACGGGUGGACCAGGUCUCUGAGUUUGAGUAUGAUUUGUUCAUUAGGCCGGAUACCUGUAAUCCACGCUUCCGAGUCUGGUUCAACUUUACUGUUGAAAAUGUGAAAGAAUCACAGGCUGUUGGAAAACUCAGAGUCAGUUUUAUAGCCUUCUCUAAUGAUUUUGCUUGUGUUUCUGUGUACUGA